AUGGAUGCUUUUGAGGGUCUCCACAGUGUGCAGCUGUCCUCCUCUCCUCCGCCUGUCUCUGCCUCCAACCCGGGGUAUGAAGUACUAGGAUCAGCCAGAUCUGGUGUCCAGGUGUACUCCAACGCCACGUUCUAUGGUAAACCCGGUGUUCUGGAGCAUGCACAGCGGAGAGGGAGAGCCAAAUAUCCCUCCCACCGAGAGGAGACCAAAGAGGAGAGGUGUAAGGUUGGAAGGUAAGAGACCUGUUAUGGGUUUGAUUGGAUACUGACAGCUGUAGGUUGGCUCCAAGCCUGUUGCUUUUUGGUGUUGUCCAUAACAAAUCUUCAUUUGUACCACGUUAAUGUCAUACGCCAGAUAUACUGUGAACACCAAUAUUCUGUCUGGUAAUGUGUUUUAGUCCUUUCCAUAGCAUGUUAGUCAGUCCACUAAUGCAGGCUCUUUCCACUGAUGCACUGUGCCCCUUUUAGUAAAAACAGCAACAAUCGAACCAGAAAUAUCUAGGCCAAUAGAAGUAUAUAUCUCCCACCAAUAACCUGCACAGUCCAUUUGCAGUAUCAUCAUCAGUGGAAAGUAGAGAGAAUAUAGAUUAUGAUUUGUAUCCACUCUAUUCUAUAUCAGACUCUUUUCUAUUCUAUAUCAACUGUAUAUUCUAAUCUAUAAUACUGUUCCAUGACUGCUCAACAACGCUCUGCACUAUAGAUAUGCCUACGUGGUGUUCUAUAUCAACUCUGUUCUAUUGAUACUGGAUGCGUCUGUUGAGUUGAAUUGCACAUCGCUUGGCUGCAGUGUGAAGUAGGCAACUAUUUGAUCAUGUUUCCUUAACUAGAUUUUUGGGGGGUUGGGACGUGAGGAUGUGUCAUCAUGUGACCUAUGGCAGAUGGAUGAUGACGACGACACAAUUCCUCCUUUUCUCUAUCGGAAUGGAAAAUAUAAUACAGCGCAUCGCAAACAGCGUUCACAACGAGACAAUUCAUCAGUAACGAAAUAACAUUCGCCUAACUUUAUCUCGUUUGAUGACUCGAUGAAACAUUCAUUGUAGUCCAUAGCGUUGUCCUCAACAUUCUUUAAUAGUAGGCUAACAUUGUUUUGAAACUAUUGCAAUGGUCUUUCUGAAUGAUAUCGACAGCAAGUCAACAUUGGACACUAACAAUUAAUGGAAUUCUUGGGAACAUUGAGUUAGAUGCCAUCGCGGUCACGGCGGCGGUACGUGGUGAAUCAUCCAGCCGGGUGGUGAGACUGUACGUGCGGGGAGCUGGGAAGGGAAAUCCGGUGAAAUGUUGUGCUGUCAGACUGACAUUAUGGCAUUAGCAAAAGUUAUGAAAAAGUUGUGUAGGCUAGUUCGGCCUCACAUGUUGUGACUAGUCUUAAUGACAGAUGUGACUAUUGUAAUGUUAUUGUUUUUGACAGGGCCUGAUAAAUGCAGGGGCUGAAGCCCUGAGGCAGAGAUUAUUAUUAUUAUUAUUUUUUAAUUUUUUACUGCAACCGCAGGAGGCCGCUCUCAAUAAGGAUAGACGCCCUGCUGCUGCUCUGCUAAUCGUCAGAUGGGGGGAGGUAGGGGGGCCCACGUGGGUAACUGGGGGGCCCUGCCUUGGUUGGGUAACUGAUUCAAGGACUAGCCUUUUGUGGGCCCUAAUCAAUAUUUGGUUGGGGGGCACCUCGCAGGCAAAACACAUCAGUUGUACCCCUCUUGAAGGCAGAGAGAAAGUUAACCCCCUAGAGUCGAUUUGUGCACUGUGCACCGGCCAACUUUCCUUCAAUUCGCUAUAAAAAGGGGGAAACAAUAUUGCAUCAUUCAUUUUCAUGCAGACUGUCUAGCCUACUGUAUGGACUAGGUUUCAAACUAUAGUAGGCCUAACUAUAAACACAUUUAGUGAGUCUAAAACAACCAAUUCCUUCCUGAUAGCCCUAUUAAAUAUCAUGUAUUUUUAUGUUUUCUAAAGGUUGGUAGACCUGGAGCCAGUUCCAAGCCCCAGGGGUGAGGGUGGAGGGCCGGCUGACCCCAGGUCCACCAGGCCCCAGGAGGGAGCUGUUACCCAGGUCCGGAGCCAGGUCAGGGGCAGGGAGGGCAGCAGGCUGGAGGGUGCUACCCAGCUGGAGGGUGCCCGGGGCGGGGAGCAUGAGGACAACGUGUCCCGCCUCCGGAGCUCUUCCCUGGAGAUCAGAGAAAAGGGAUCAGAGAUCCUACGGGAACAACUGGACGCUGCACAGAAGGUGGGGGACCCUUAUUACAGACUCUCACACACACACACUGAUCUCUCUGACGCCCAUCUCUACUGAAUGGCAGUUGCUUGAAUCAAUAACAAUGCGUGACCUGGAAAAGGGUGUCAUCCCUAUAGGUUUAGUCCUACAGUAUGCUGCUGCAUACUGACACAGUUCUCCUCCACCUCUCUCCCAUCUCCCAUCUCCUUCCCCCUCUCCCCCUCCACCUCCCCCCUCCACCUCUCCCCUCCCCUCCACCUCUCCCCUCCCCUCCACCUCUCCCCUCUCUUCUCCAUCUCUUCCCUGUCCUCCCCUCUCUUCUCCUCCACCUCUCCUCCACCUCUCCCCUCCUCUCCUCCACCUCUCUCCUACCUCCACCUGCUCUCCUUCUCUCCCCUCUCUCCUCUCCUCCACCUCUCUCCUCUCCUCCACCCUCGUCCUCUCCUCCACCCUCUCCUCCUCCUCUCCCUCCGCCACCUCUCCUCCCCCUCUCCUCCCACCUCUCCCCUCUCUUCUCAUGUCUUUCCUGUCCUCCCCUCCUCCCCUCUCUCCUCCCUCCUCUCUCCUCCCCCCUCUCCCCCUCUCCUCCACCUCUCCUCCCCUCUCUUCUCACCUUCUUCCUCUCCUCCCCUCUCCCCCUCCUCCCUCCCCCUCUCCUCCUCCUCCCCCUCCUCCUCUCCUCCCCCUCUCCCUCUCUCCUCCCCUCUCUCCUCUCCUCCACUCCCCUCUCUCCCCCUCUCCUCCACCUCUCCCCUCCCUCCUCUCCCUCCUCUCCUCCCCUCUCCCACCUCCCCCCUCCCCUCCUCCUCCCCCCUCUCCUUCCCCCCUCUCCCCCUCUCUCUCCUCCUCCUACCUUCCCCUCUCUCCUCCCCUUCCCCCUCUCCCUCUCCCUCUCCUCCCCCUCUCCCUCCUCUCCUCCCCCUCUCCCUCCUCUCCUCCCCUCUCUCCCUCUCCUCCCCUCUCCCUCCUUCCUCCUCCCUCCUCCCCCUCCUCUCCUCCACCUCUCCCUCUCCUCCACCCUCUCCUCCCCUCUCCUCUCUCCCCUCCUCCUCCCCUCUCCCCCCUCUCCUCCACUCCUCCCUCCCCUCUCCCCCCCUCUCCUCCACCUCUCCCCUCCUCUCCUCCACCUCUCCCCUCUCCUCCACCUCUCCCUCUCCUCCCUCUCUCCCUCCUCUCCACCCUCCUCCUCCCUCCCCCCCUCUCCCCUUCCUCUCCUCCACCUCUCCCCCCUCCCUCCCUCCUCCACCUCCCCCCUCCUCUCCUCCUCCUCUCCCCUCUCUCCAUCUCCCUCCCAGACCUGAGCUAGAUUUGCGUCUGUCCUCAAUCACUACCUGGAGAGCUCACUGCCAUCUUUGAGGUACUGACCUCUCCCCUGACGGCGAGCUCACUGCCGUCUUGGGGCCUGUUGCCAUCCCUCCCUGCGCGAGGCUCACUCCGUCUCUUGAGUUAUCCUGGUGUGACCUCUCCCUGGGCACACUCACUCCAUCUGUUUGAGGUAGUCGUGUGCCAUACCCCUGGCAACGGAGGAGCUCCGCAGCCUACCCAGCCAGCCUGCAACAAAACCCUGAAAUCUGUCCUGGGUGGGAGUGCUCCGUGAUGGUACCAGUACAUCUUGACAUUGAGAAGUGUGGCCCCUGCAUGGUUGUUGUAACACUGUUGUCUUCCUGUUCCCACAGGAAGCUCACAGGAUGGUGCAUGAGGCCAACGUGAAACAAGCUGCAGCAGAGAAGCAGCUGAAGGAGGCUCAGGGCAAGGUCAGUCUGCGAUCCCAUCCGGGAAUUGAACCCACAACCUUGCCGAACUCUUACCGAAAGAGCCACACAGGUUACCUGUACCUGCUAAAUGCAGGAAAACCUAUAAGAAUCUGUUAGAGUUGUGCCUGGUUCUGGAGGGUUGCCGGUUCUAAUCCCAGGGCCGACGGGGAACAUUUGGCAUGAGUGAGCCACCAGUAUCCCAUUUGCCACCUACUGCCUUUGUGCCCUUGAGCAAGUCACAUGACCCCUAACCUGCUCCAUGGACGCUGCUCUACGGCUGACCCUGUGCUGCUCCCAUGCUGUUGUGCGUCGGUUUGGGUACGAUGUAUAACUACUGUCUAUAACCACACCCCCCCCGUGUUCUUGUCUCUCCCCAGAUUGAUGUCCUGCAGGCAGAGGUGUCAGCCCUGAAGACCAUGGUCCUGACCUCCACCCCCUCUUCCCCCAACCGUCAGGCCCACCCUCAGCUCCUCUCCCCGGGCACUAGGUCCAGGGGGGCCAGCCCCCGCCAUGGAGGGGGACACACACGCAACAAAAGCGCCAGCUGGGCCCUGCCAUUGGCCUCUGGUGGGCACUUAGACCCGCCCUCUGUCUCCCUGCAGCCAGUCACAGAGGACAAAGAGGUAGGCCCAGUUGCCUUCAGACAACACACCAGCCGUGUCUGAAUACCCAUACUUGCGUUCUAAGUAGUUGGCUUUUUAGGUAUGCGAAAAUAGAACGUUUUAUAGUAUAUGAAAUGUAGUUAAUGUAGUAUGCUUUAAAAUGCCAGGAUGUCAUAGGCUGUGUCUACACUUGACACUUACAUGCGACUUCUGCUAUCAGAAUACAAAGAUCGCAUUGAAAAGACCAGUCUAGACACACAAGUGUCGCAUUGUGAUCCGAUUGUGUUCCGUUCUGGUCGCAUUGUGUGCUGAUUUCUCCGCAGUCUGGACGCGAUCAGGCUACUGAAAGCGCAUACAGUGGGCAACGUCAUUAGCACUCCGCCCACAAGUCUCCAGAAACCGUGUGUUUUGGGAGCGAGAGGCACCUUUUUCGUUAUAGCGGUAGAGGAAAUACGUUUCCAAGCCUGUAAGUAACAUGUUUGCUGGCCUCAUAAAUGCUAACCAGCUAGCUAAUAUUUAGGAAAAACUAUUUUGGGUUUGGCUAGAGUUAUGGUAACGUGUUUGCAAUCCCUUUAGCUUUGCUUGCUGGCUAACUACAGAGGUUAGCUAAAGUAGUUAGCUACUGCCAUCAAGUUGUUGUCAUAUUUUGCCUAUUCUACAUUUACAUGUUUUUACAUUUUUGUCAUUUAGCAGACGCUCUUAUCCAGAGCGACUUACAGUUAGUGAAUGCAUACAUGUUUUAUAUAUAUUUUUUUCAUACUGGCCCCCCGUGGGAAACGAACUCACAUCCCUGCCGGCCAAACCCUCCCCUACCUUGGACGACGCUGGACCAAUGCAGAAUGCAUACUGGCAUUUGAAUAUAGCGUGGGAAAAGGGAAUCUGGACACAAUGUGGACACGUUUAAAUAUAAGUGUAGACGCAUGAUGUGUUCGGAACUCCAUGAUCAGAACUCCGUGAUCAGAAUACAAAAACUGCAUUAACUGUCAAGUCUAGACAGGCCCGUACUCUUUUCAGCUCUUCGUCUAGUAGAAUUUUCUGCACUAAAUUCAUCCCAGUAAUUUUCUAUUGAGGAAAAUAAUUGCCUUUUCACACCCACGUGUGUUCGACAGCAGCUGAUAAUCAGAACAGGAGAUGAACAGGCGAUUGUGCAUUAGAUGACGCCUUCUGAGUAGUAUGUUGAUAUUUGCUGCUUACUGCAUUAGUUUUUACUAAACAGUACUUUCUAAAUAGGACACUAUAUAUACAAAGGUAUGUGGACACCCCUUCAAAUGAGUGGAUUCGGCUAUUUCAGCCACGCCGUUGUUGACGGGUGUAUAAAAUCGAGCACACAGCCAUGCAAUCUCCGUAGACAAACAUUGGCAGUAGAACGGCCUUACUGAAGAGCUCAGUGACUUUCAACGUGGCACCGUCAUAGGAUGCCACCUUUCCAACAAGUCAGUUCGUCAAAUUUCUGCCCUGCUAGAGCUUCCCCGGUCAACUGUAAGUGCUGUUAUUGUGAAGUGGAAACGCCUAGAAGCAACAACGGCUCAGCCGCGAAGUGGUAGGCCACACAAGCUCACAGAACGGAACCGCCGAGUGCUGAAUCGCGUAAAAAUCAUCUGUCCUCGGUUGAGGCUCGCAUCUACUACAAGACCAUGGUGCUUGCCUACGGAGCUGUGAGGGGAACGGCACCUCCUUACCUUCAGGCUCUGAUCCUACACCCAAAUGAGGGCAUUACGUUCAUCCACCUCUGGCCUGCUAGCUCCCCUACCUCUACGGUCACUCACCACCUUCCGGAGACACUUGAAACCCUACCUCUUUAAGGAAUACCUGGAAUAGUAUAAAGUAAUCCUUCUUCCCCCACCCCCGAUAAAAAAAUAAAUAAAAAUAAAAUAAAAAAAGAAGUUGGUUGUCCCACUGGCUAUCAUAAGUUGAAUGCACCAAUUUGUAAGUCGCUCUGGAUAAGAGCGUCUGCUAAAUGAUGUAAAUGGUUGCAAAACUCACUACCGAGUUCCAAACUGCCUCUGGAAGCAACAUCAGCACAAUAACUGUUUGUCGGGAGCUUCAUGAAAUGGGUUUUCCAUGGGCGAGCAGCCACACAAAAGCCUAAGAUCACCAUGCGCAAUGCCAAGCAUCGGCUGGAGUGGUGUAAAGCUCGCCGCCAUUAGACUCUGUAGCAGUGGAAAUGCGUUCUCUGGAGUGAUGAAUCACGCUUCACCAUCUGGCAGUCCGACGGACUAAUCUGGGUUUGGCGGAUGCCAGGAGAACGCUACCUGCCCCAAUGCAUAGUGCCAACUGUAAAGUUUGGUGGAGGAGGAAUAAUGGUCUGGGGCUGUUUUUCAUGGUUCGGGCUAGGCCCCUUAGUUCCAGUGAAGGGAAAUCUUAAUGCUACAGCAUACAAUGACAUUCUAGACGAUUCUGUGCUUCCAACUUUGUGGCAACAGUUUGGGGAAGGCCCUUUCCUGUUUCAGCAUGACAAUGCCCCUGUGCACAAAGCGAGCUCCUUAUAGAAAUGGUUUGUCGAGAUCGGUGUGGAAGAACUUGACUGGCCUGCACAGAGCCCUGACCUCAACCCCAUCGAACACCUUUGGGAUGAAUUGGAACGCCGACUGCGAGCCAGGCCUAAUCGCCCAACAUCAGGGCCCAACCUCACUAAUGCUCUUGUGGCUGAAUGGAAGCAAGUCCCCGCAGCAAUGUUCCAACAUCUAGUGGAAAGCCUUCCCAGAAGAGUGGAGGCUGUUAUAGCAGCAAAGGGGGGACCAACUCCAUAUUAAUGCCCAUGAUGUUGGAAUGAGAUGUUCAACGAGCAGGUGUCCACAUACUUUUGGUCAUGUAGUCUAUGUAGUAGUAUUAUUAGUACACAGUAUGUCGUUUUAGUAAUUAGUAGGCAAGGCAGAUUUCGGACACGGCCAUACUGUUGUGUUGUACACACUUAUGUACUUUGAGAAUGUGUGCGCCAUAAUCUAUCUAAUCUUGGGUCUGCUUUUGGUUGCACUCUCCCAAUCAAUCGACCCACUGUGACCACUAACAGCAAUUCAAACCUUGUUUCUGCACUAACUCUUCUACGGCUUCCCACUAUAACCCUGUGAAUGUGUUUCUUUCCUCCUCUCCCUAUCUCCACAUCAUCAUCCUCCUCCUCCUCUCCCUAUCAUCAUGUGGUUAUUUUUUGCCUCUCCUUUACUUCCUGUUUUCUUUCACUUGCUCAUCUCCUUUCCCUCUUCUCUCCCUCUCUCUCCUUUCCCUCUUCUCUCUCCUUUCCUCUUCUCGCUCUUCUCUCUCGCUCUCUCGCUCUUUCCUCUAUCUCUCUCCUUCCCUCCUCUCUGCUCUCCUUUCCUCCUCUCUCCCUCGUCACUCUCCUACUCUCCCUUACCCUCUCCUCUCUCUUAUCUCCUCUGGUCUCCCUCUCUCUCUCUUUCCGCUCUCUCAUCGUUCCCUGCUCUCUCAUCUCUUUCUUUACCCAUCUUCUCCAUCUACUCUCUCUAUGCUGAUUCUUUUUUCCUCUCUCUUCCUUCUCCUCUCUCACUCUCUCUUGCCUUUCCUCCUGUCGCUUCCUCUCUCUGAUUUUGUGUCUGGUUCCGGGCCACUCGAUCUCUGUGACCUAUGAACCCUACUGGGCAGAGCAGGGGGAGGGGCCAAGCUCUCUCAGCCGACAGGUAACCACACCCCUCUGGUUCCUCUCUAGGUUUCUUCCUUCUAGGGAGGUUGUCCUUGCCACUGUGUUUCUGCUUGCUCUGUGAGGUCUAGGAUGGGGUAGCCUCGGCUUCGCCAGAGUUCAUAUUGGAAAAGUAGGUUUGAGUGGAGCGCUGAUUGCCAUCGUCUGAUUGGCUGUGAGUAAAUAAUAAUACCACCCCUUUUCAGAAGCUCAAAUUAUCCAGAGUUAAUUUAUGGCGCUAGCAUUGCUUGCAUACUAUAUAUAAUUUUAAUUGAUAUUUCAAAAUGAAAAAAUAUAUACAUGUUUUUUUAAUAUAAUUUGUUACCCCAUGUGGGAACCAGUGAAAAUGAUUGGCUUUCGGUUUUGAAUCUCCUCCUCUGUUUGAACGUACCUAUUCCAACUGGAGGGCUUGGCUACUCCACCUUCUGUUAGCCUCUGUUCCCACAGGCUUUCAUACCGAAGGUGAGGUGAAAGCCUGGAAGAGGCUAAGGAUGGGGUUACUGUAAAUCCCUUUGUGACAACAGAUUUAUAUAAAAAUGGCUUCAUUACAAGGCCUAUAUGUGAUUAAGCUUAGCCAUUGACAGGUUGGGAAGCUUUGGAUAUGCAGGCGUUUCUAUAGUCGCUAUUUCAUCCCUACUUUACUGUAUGAUCAGUGUCUAAGUUAUGGUUCCCGGAGUCGCCUGUUCACUGUUGACAUUGAGACUGGUGUUUUGCGGGUACUAUUUAAUGAAGCUGCCAGUUGAGGACCUGUGAGGCGCCUGUUUCUCAAACUAGAGACUCUAACGUAUUUGUCCUCUUGCUCAGUUGUGCACCGAGGCCUCCCACUCCUCUUUCUAUUCUGGUUAGAGACAGUUUGCGCUGUUCUGUGAAGGGAGUAGUACACAGCGUUGUACGAGAUCUUCAGUUUCUUGGCAUUUCUUGCAUGGAAUAGCCUUCAUUUCUCAGAAGAAGAAUAGACUGACGAGUUUCAGAAGAAAGUUAUUUGUUUCUGGCCAUUUUGAUUCUGUAAUCGAACCCACAAUUGCUGAUGCUCCAAAUACUCAACUAGUCUCAAGAAGGACAGUUUUAUUGCUUCUUUAAUCAGCACAACAGUUUUCAGCUGUGCUAACAUAAUUGCAAAAGGGUUUUCUAAUGAUCAAUUAGCCUUUCAAAAUGCUAAACUUGGAUUAGCAAACACAACGUGCCAUUGGAACACAGGACUGAUGGUUGCUGAUAAUGGGCCUCUGUACGCCGAUGUAGAUAUUCCAGAAAAAAUCAGCCGUUUCCAGCUACAAUAGCCAUUUACAACAUUAACAAUGUCUACACUGUAUUUCUGAUCAAUUUGAUGUUAUUUUAAUGGACAACAAAAUUGCUUUUCUUUCGAAAACAAGGACAUUUCUAAGUGACCCCUAAACUAUUGAACGGUAGUGUACGUGGUUAACUCCUGUUUCCCUUCCCCAAGGGAAUGCAUCUUUCUGCGCCUUUCUUCCCGCAAAUACAAUCAUGUUUAUUACAUAUUAAUCCAUAUACACAGUAAAUCAAAUACAGGAAAAAUAAUUAAUAAAAUAAUUUCUCAUGACAAUUAUACAGUAUCUCCUGUCCUCAGAUGGACAAUGUGCUGUAUGCAGAGUUCCUGACCUGGAGAGACCGACCGAGUCUGGACAGAACGUCAGCCUUCCUGGGCCGUAUCUACAGAGAGGACAUCGGCCCCUGUCUCUCCUUCACCAGAUCUGAGGCAUGUACCUUUGUGUUUCUCUGUGCCUUCGGAAAGUAUUCAGACCCCUUGACUUUUUCUACUUUUUGUUUAGGUUACAGCCUUAUUCUAAAAUUGAUGAAUUUUUGUUUCUUUUUUCCCCUCAUCAAUCUACACACAAUGCCCCAUAAUGACAAAGCAAAAACAUGUUUUAGACAUUUUUGCUAAUUUAUAAAAAAUAAAAAAAUUGAAAAAAUCACAUUUACAUGAGUAUUCAGAACCUUUACUCAGUACUUUGUUGAAGCACCUUUGGCAGCGAUUACAGCCUUGAGUCUUCUUGGGUAUGACGCUACAAGCUUGGCACACCUGUAUUUGAGGAGUUUCUCCCAUUCUUCUCUGCUGAUCCUCUCAAGCUCUGUCAGGUUGGAUGGGGAGCGUUGCUGCACAGCUAUUUUCAGGACUCUCCAGAGAUGUUUGAUCGGGUUCAAGUCCGGGCUCUGGCUGGGCCACUAAAGGACAUUCAGAGACUUGUCCCGAAGCCACUCCUGCGUUGUCUUGGCUGUGUGCUUAGGGUUGUUGUCCUGUUGGAAGGUGAAUCUUCGCCCCAGUCUGAGGUCCUGAGCGCUCUGGAGCAGGUUUUCAUCAAGGAUCUCUCUGUACUUUGCUCCAUUCAUCUUUGCCUCGAUCCUGACUAGUCUCCCAGUCCCUGCCGCCGAAAAACAUCCCCACAGCAUGAUGCUGCCACCACCAUGCUUCACCGAAGGGAUGGUGCCAGGUUUCCUCCAGACGUGACGCUUGGCAUUCAGGCCAAAGAGUUCAAUCUUGGUUUCAUCAGACCAGAGAAUCUUGUUUCUCAUGGUCUGAGAGUCUUUAGGUGCCUUUUGGCAAACUCCAAGUGGGCUGUCAUGUGCCUUUUACUGAGGAGUGGCUUCCGUCUGGCCACUCUAGCAUAAAGGCCUGAUUGGUGGAGUGCUGCAGAGAUGGUUGUCCUUCUGGAAGGUUCUCCCAUCUCAACAGAGGAACUCUGGAGCCCAUUCACCUCCCUGACCAAGGCCCUUAGCCCCCGAUUGCUCAGUUUGGCCGGUAACCUUCCCCAGAUCUGUGCCUCAACACAAUCCUGUCUCGGAGCACUAUGGCUUGGUUUUUGCUCUGACAUGCACUGUCAACUAUGGGACCUUAUAUAGACAGGUGUGUGCCUUUCUAAAUCAAGUCCAAUCAAUUGAAUUUACCACAGGUGGACUCCAAUCAAGUUGUAGAAACAUCAAGGAUGAUCAAUCGAAACAGGAUGCACCUGAGCUCAAUAUUGAGUCUCAUAGCAAAGGGUCUGAAUACUUAUGUAAAUAAGGUAUUUCUGUUUUAUUUUUUUAUAAAUUAGCAAAAUGUUUUCGCUUUGUCAUUAUGGGGUAUUGUGUGUAGAUUGCUGAGAAAAACCCCCCAAAUAUUUAAUCAAUUUUAGAAUAAGGCUGUAACAUAACAAAAUGUGGAAAAAGUAAAGGGGUCUGAAUACUUUCCGAAUGCACAGAAUAGCAUAACUGCUCAUACCAGAAUAUAAUGUUAUUUUUCUGAGAGGCAACUUCGCCUAUAACAUUCAGAUUAGACAAUAAAUGCACAAUGGCACAAUUCACAACUGACAAUGCAUAUGAAAUAAGUCAGUCACAAGAAUCAAUUUAUAUUUUGUAGAUGGAUCUGUGCUUUGUGUAUAUCUUGUUUUUAAUCUAAUGUUUAUUAUUAUUACUCCUCUUCUGUCAACAGUUGUCUCAGUCGGUACAGAGUGCCGUGGAGAACAACUCGCUGACCAUCGAACCAGUGGCCAUGUCAGCUUUACCCAUGGUCAAAGCCAACGCCAUAGAGUGUGGCGGGCCCAAGUGAGUUAUCACUCAACGUUUUUUUUUUUUUAUAGCAUUAUAAGGUUGUUUAUUUACAACAUUGAGACUGUUUUCCUCAGGAAAUGUAGUCCGCUUCAUGUUUUGUUUCCUUGCCAUGAUAACUGUCGUGACAACCGUAAUCACAACUGCACCACGCCCAUCACUCGCUCUUCCUCUCACCUCUUAUUUCCAAAUUAAAAUGAACAGUUUCUCUCCUCUUGGUGACUACACCUGUCUUCUAUGAUGAAUAUCAUUAUCCAUGACUCCAUGACAAAUUAUGGGAACCAGAUUUGGUCUUUCUUUGAUGGAAUAUUUUAGUUUACUUUUACAACAAACAAACAAACAAACAAACAUACAGUGGGGGAAAAAAGUAUUUAGUCAGCCACCAAUUGUGCAAGUUCUCCCACUUAAAAAGAUGAUAGAGGCCUGUAAUUUUCAUCAUAGGUACACGUCAACUAUGACAGACAAAUUGAGAUUUUUUUUCUCCAGAAAAUCACAUUGUAGGAUUUUUAAUGAAUUUAUUUGCAAAUUAUGGUGGAAAAUAAGUAUUUGGUCACCUACAAAUAAGCAAGAUUUCUGGCUCUCACAGACCUGUAACUUCUUCUUUAAGAGGCUCCUCUGUCCUCCACUCGUUACCUGUAUUAAUGGCACCUGUUUGAACUUGUUAUCAGUAUAAAAGACACCUGUCCACAACCUCAAACAUUCACACUCCAAACUCCACUAUGGCCAAGACCAAAGAGCUGUCAAAGAACACCAGAAACAAAAUUGUAGACCUGCACCAGGCUGGGAAGACUGAAUCUGCAAUAGGUAAGCAGCUUGGUUUGAAGAAAUCAACUGUGGGAGCAAUUAUUAGGAAAUGGAUGACAUACAAGACCACUGAUAAUCUCCCUCGAUCUGGGGCUCCACGCAAGAUCUCACCCCAGAACCACACGGGGGGACCUAGUGAAUGACCUGCAGAGAGCUGGGACCAAAGUAACAAAGCCUACCAUCAGUAACACACUACGCCGCCAGGGACUCAAAUCCUGGAGUGCCAGACGUGUCCCCCUGCUUAAGCCAGUACAUGUCCAGGCCCGUCUGAAGUUUGCUAGAGUGCAUUUGGAUGAUCCAGAAGAGGAUUGGGAGAAUGUCAUAUGGUCAGAUGAAACCAAAAUAUAACUUUUUGGUAAAAACUCAACUCGUCGUGUUUGGAGGACAAAGAAUGCUGAGUUGCAUCCAAAGAACACCAUACCUACUGUGAAGCAUGGGGGUGGAAACAUCAUGCUUUGGGGCUGUUUUUCUGCAAAGGGACCAGGACGACUGAUCCGUGUAAAGGAAAGAAUGAAUGGGGCCAUGUAUCGUGAGAUUUUGAGUGAAAACCUCCUUCCAUCAGCAAGGGCAUUGAAGAUGAAACGUGGCUGGGUCUUUCAGCAUGACAAUGAUCCCAAACACACCGCCCGGGUAACGAAGGAGUGACUUCGUAAGAAGCAUUUCAAGGUCCUGGAGUGGCCUAGCCAGUCUCCAGAUCUCAACCCCAUAGAAAAUCUUUGGAGGGAGUUGAAAGUCCGUGUUGCCCAGCGACAGCCCCAAAACAUCACUGCUCUAGAGGAUAUCUGCAUGGAGGAAUGGGCCAAAAUACCAGCAACAGUGUGUGAAAACCUUGUGAAGACUUACAGAAAACGUUUGACCUGUGUCAUUGCCAACAAAGGGUAUAUAACAAAGUAUUGAGAAACUUUUGUUAUUGACCAAAUACUUAUUUUCCACCAUAAUUUGCAAAUAAAUUCAUUAAAAAUCCUACAAUGUGAUUUUCUUGAUUUUUUUCUUCUCAAUUUAUCUGUCAUAGUUGACGUGUACCUAUGAUGAAAAUUACAGGCCUCUCUCAUCUUUUUAAGUGGGAGAACUUGCACAAUUGGUGGCUGACUAAAUACUUUUUCCCCCACUGUACAUAAAAACAAUAAUGGAACGUUUACGUGAAUGACAUCACACUUGCUCAGACCCACAUGUUCCCACCGUGUCGACGCCCAGUGAUGGUGACUUCAAAUUGUGUCGUUUCUGUCUAGAGCCUGAUUCUUUCGGUCUGACUUUCUAUACAGUAGUUUUUGUUUUUCUCUUCAGAUCUGUUUUCGGGUUUUCUGAGUCCUAGUGGGUUGACUCAAUGGGCUACACUGCUUCACCUCAUGCUUCCUAAUCACAAUUUGAUUGAAUUCUUUUCCCAGUGGCCCGAGAGCAGCAGUAUUGACGUAAGUGACUUUAGGAGUGACUUCAGGAGCCAAUCAUUUGAUUACUUUCCUUUUUUCCACAACAAUAACUUGUUCUAUGGUGUGGCUGUGCAUAGUACUCUGUGGCUACCUACUGUGUGUUAACCCUUCCCUCUUCCCUCUGGUCAGAAUGCCCCCUCUAACACUUUGUCUAACCAGGCAGGCAUGUCUUGUUCCAGUGUUCAGACCACGCUUUUGUUCAUUCUUUGUUUCUAAUGUUAAAAAGCUAACAAUGACAUUUUUCUAUAUCUUUUACAUGUAAGGCCAAUUUCCCGGACCCAGAUUAAGCUAGGUUUCCUCCUAAGGAUUAGUCUUAAUUUGGUCUGGAAACCGGCACCAUAGAGUUCCAUAGAUGAAUGAGGUCCAGAAACCGGCCCAUAGAGUUCCAUAGAGCCCAUAGAGUUCCAUAGAGCCCAUAGAGUUCCAUAGAGCCCAUAGAGUUCCAUAGAGCCCAUAGAGCCCAUAGAGCCCCAUAGAGUUCCAUAGAGUUCCAUAGAGUUCCAUAGAGUUCCAUAGAGUUCCAUAGAGUUCCAUAGAGUUCCAUAGAGUUCCAUAGAGCCCAUAGAGUCCAUAGAGUCCCAUAGAGUCCAUAGAGUUCCAUAGAGUCCAUAGAGUUCCAUAGAGUUCCAUAGAGUUCCAUAGAGUUCCAUAGAGUUCCAUAGAGUCCAUAGAGUUCCAUAGAGUCCAUAGAGUUCCAUAGAGUCCAUAGAGUUCCAUAGAGCCCAUAGAGUUCCAUAGAGCCCAUAGAGUUCCAUAGAGCCCAUAGAGUUCCAUAGAGCCCAUAGAGCCCAUAGAGUUCCAUAGAGUCCAUAGAGUUCCAUAGAGCCCAUAGAGUUCCAUAGAGCCCAUAGAGUUCCAUAGAGCCCAUAGAGUUCCAUAGAGCCCAUAGAGUUCCAUAGAGCCCAUAGAGUUCCAUAGAGCCCAUAGAGUUCCAUAGAGCCCAUAGAGUUCCAUAGAGCCCAUAGAGCCCAUAGAGUUCCAUAGAGCCCAUAGAGCCCAUAGAGUUCCAUAGAUAAAUUAGUGAGUAGUGUUUGUUUCUCUGCCUCUGACAGGAAGUGUGCGUUGAGCGGCGUGUCCCGGUCCUGUAAGCAUCGCAUCAAACUUGGAGACAGAGAGAGUUACUACUACAUCUCUCCCUCCAGCAGGGCACGGGUACCUAGCAACCACGUUUGUUGUUUUCUAAUCAUUUUAAACAACAUUACGCGUUCUGAACAUUGAUGCAUAACGUUCAUUUAUUGAUUCAUCCUCAACAUCUAUAGACUGAUGAAUAUGGCUACCUUUUUGUGUUCAUAAAUACUUUGAUCGUGUAGGCCUACGUGAGAGAACUUUUGUUUUGAAGGUGUGAAAACCUUCCCAAUUUCCGCCCCUCCAGAUCACGGCUGCCUGUAAUUUCUUCACCUACAUCCGCUACAUCCAGCAGGGCCUGGUCAGACAUGACGGUAAGGCUGACGUCCUUCCUCUGACAGAUAGACACUGAGGUCAACAAUCGACCCAUUUGAACAGUAAUGGUGACAGUGGCAAUACAUUACUCUUUGUCAAUGUAGACAGCAGAUUUGUCUGGUGUUCUGAAACCCUUUCAACUAAUGGAACUCUAAUGUCUUUUGUCUCUGACCCCCCCCCCCCCCCCCCCCCCAGCGGAACAGAUGUUCUGGGAAGUGACACGUCUACGGAGGGAGAUGACUGUGGCCAAGCUGGGCUUCUACCUCACAGACACAGACCAGGGAUAGACGGACGAGGGAGGAGACCUGGGUCAUGUUCAUUAGGGCACACCGUAACAAAACGUUGUGGAACGGACCACGUUUUGCAAGCGCUUCCUAUUGGACAAGUUCAGAUAUUACCACGCGUUUAGGGACGCUUUCUUCCGUUUCAUGCCUACUGAACACAACCCUGGGCUAGAAGACAGGAGACCCCAAUCAACUGUACAGAGACAGAGAGCAAAAUCACCAGUAGCCGUUUUACGCUGUCCUGACAACCAAACCCAAACCAAACUGGAAUGGCUUGGUUUGGCUCGGUAGUGUGAAAAGUCCUCAGGAGGACAUGCUGAUUUAUUGAGUAGGGGAGUGAUUUCAAGUGUAAUCUGACAAGGGAAGCAGAAAUGCUACAGUAACAUGACAUCACUAGCUUUGCAAAUUAGAUUAGCUUCGUACGAACCAUCCUGAUCUCGCGAGCUACACGGUAGCGAGAACCAAUGUAAGCUUGUGAGAUCAGUAUGGUUUGUACGAGGCUAGCAGUUAGUGCUAGUUUAUAAAGUACAUAGCACUAUCACAAUAUUAUAGCGCUAUCACAAUAUUAUAGUACUAUCACAAUAUUAUAGCACUAUCACAAUAUUAUAGCACUAUCACAAUAUUAUAGCGCUAUCACAAUAUUAUAGCACUAUCACAAUAUUAUAGCACUAUCACAAUAUUAUAGCGCUAUCACAAUAUUAUAGCGCUAUCACAAUAUUAUAGCGCUAUCACAAUAUUAUAGCGCUAUCACAAUAUUAUAGCGCUAUCACAAUAUUAUAGCUCUAUCACAAAGACAUGCAAUGGAUAACAUAUUUCAAUAGGACGGUAGCGUAUUUGUGAAAAUUAAUAAUCAAUAUACCAUAGAAUUUCAGUAUUAGUAUUAUGCAUAAUUGACAAGUGGUUCCACAGCUGGUCUUAGCCGGCCCAGAUGGAAACCUAUAUAUAUACUGCAACACGUCUUCCACAGAAACACUAAUAUGGGCUGAAUCUUAACAGGAGAAGUACUCACACAGAUCUUUUAAGUUGGGGUUCUGACCGUAGAGAACUAUGCUGCUCACUUUUCAUUCAAACAGCGGUCCUAUAGUACUGGCGUACCACUCCUACUUUUUUAUUUUGUCAUUGAGCAAUUGGGGUUAAGUGCCUUGCCCAAGGGCACGUUGACAGAUUUUUCACCUAGUCUGCUCUGGGAUUAGAACCAGCGACCUUUCGGUUACUGGCACAACGCUCUUAACCACUAAGCCACCGCUACAUGUCUCCUCUCACCUUAGAACCGGACCACCUAUUACUUAACCUUGAUAGAUUCUUGCACUACGUUGUAAAUGGCUUGCAUGGCUUAUAUAGGAAAGACACCUGGACUUAGAAUGGGUUAUGGAAGGGCAGGAUUCACUCAGCGUGGAUAAAAAAUGGCUGCGUUUUGAGUCUGUUUUAGUACUAA